AUGGCCCCAAAAAACACCGUCCCCCCGGUUCCGGUUUUGACGGAUAGCCAUCACUCUGGAGUCAGCUCGCGGCUGGCUGAGGGCGCCAAUGCUGCAAAAGAAAGAGUCUGGUACAAUAAGACCGCAUCUGGUGUGACGGCGCGCCAUGGAGAGCUGCCAGUUUUACCUCCCGGGAUCGAACGAAGCAGAUUCAAUACAGCAAUUGACGAGCUCAGAAGCAUACUUGGACCACAGCAUGUAGCAAUCAACGACAUGCCUCUGGACGAUGGCUGGUACUUGGAGCAUCCAAACACUCACGAUGCCUUCCAUCUACUUGACCCAAAUGAUACCGUCUCCUCAGCAGCCGCAUACCCAGGUUCAACCGAAGAGGUCUCAUCGGUCGUUAAAUGGGCCAAUAAAUAUGAGAUUCCGUUGUGGCCCAUUUCAAUGGGCCGGAACCUGGGAUAUGGAGGAGCUGCUCCACGAGUCAGGGGAAGCAUCGUUCUUGACCUUGGGAAACGCAUGAACCAGGUCUUGAACAUUGAUGGUGAGCAGUGCUCAUGCUUAGUAGAGCCUGGUGUUUCAUACUACAAGCUGUACGAGGAAGUUCAGAAAACAGGACAUCCCCUUUGGAUUGACCCUCCAGACUUGGGAGGUGGUUCUGUGCUGGGUAAUGCGGUGGAUCGCGGAGUCGGUUAUACUCCCAUGGGAGAUCACUUUGCGAAUCAUUGCGGGUUUGAGGUCGUUCUUCCCACUGGUGAGGUUAUCAGAACAGGAAUGGGCGCCUUGCCUGGCCCCAAUGGUUCGGAUAACCCUACAUGGCAAUCAUUCCAAUACGGAUAUGGCCCAUAUAUCGAUGGCAUAUUCACGCAAUCUAACUUUGGCAUUGUAACCAAAAUGGGAUUGUGGCUUAUGCCCAAAACCGAGCAUUUGACAUACAUGGUCACUUUUCCGAGAGAUGACGAUUUCGAAGAGAUCAUUGAGAUCAUUCGAAACCUAAUGGUCAACAAGGUCCUAGGAAACGUUCCACAGCUGCGACAUGUGAUCCAGGAAUUGGCAGUCUCGGGGAAGAACAGGGAAGAGUUUUAUAGGGGUAAGGGGCAGAUUCCCAGGGACGUGAUUCGCGAACAUGCAAAGAAGCUGGCCUGUGGCGAUUGCUCCUGGGUUUUCUAUGGCACGCUCUACGGAAGUACCCAGAAACAGAUUCAAGAGACUCUUGAUAUCGUAAAGAAGGCGUUUGGAGCAAUCCAAGGCACAAGGUUCCUGUUCCCCGAAGAUGUCCCAGCAGAUCACUAUCUGCACUCGCGAGUCAAUGUCUGCUCUGGAGUCCCAGAAAUCCGAGAGCUCGAGUGGCUGAACUGGAAGAAAAACGGAGCCCAUCUUUUCUUCUCCCCCAUUUGCCCGACGAAGAAGAGAGAUGCUCGAAAGAUUACCGACAUUGCCAUCCGAGUCCACGAAGAGUUCGGCCUCGACCUCUUCCCUACCUUUUGCAUCGCGCCCAGGGAAAUGCACCUGAUCGUCAAUAUAGUCUACGACAAGAGCGACCCUGACGAGAAACGCCGUUCAGUGGCAGCAAUCAGGAAGAUGAUUAACGAAUGUGCAGCGGCCGGCUACGGAGAGUAUCGCACGCAUAUAUUGUUGGCUGACCAAGUGGCGAACACAUACUCAUGGAACAACCAAGCAUUGCUCCGUUUCCACGAAAAUCUCAAGGACAGUCUUGACCCGAAAGGAAUCCUUGCGCCUGGUCGCAAUGGAAUCUGGCCAAAACAGUACCGCGGGCAGGGCUGGGAGCUACUUGGGGACUCUAGAAACACAUCCGGAUUGAAUCUCAAUUCGAUAUCGAUUGUCGAGUUUUUCCGAAGAUGGAUGGCUUUGAAGAAGGUCGAAGUGAUCAUUCCGCAAUCGACAUCUCGCCCAACGUUUUCCGGCAACACAGAACAAAUAGUUCACAAUGGGUCGGUAAGUGUCUAUCGCAUCCGCUCUCUGAGCAGAGUCACGUCGCUGUUAUCGCGACAUCCUGUUCUUCAUCUGGUAGCUGGUGCUAAUUAUCAUCUCAGUCUUCACUCCAAGGGAAAGGGCAUUGCUGCCUCCGCUAUUCCUUACUCCAGGACUCCUCCUGCCUGGCUCAAGACCACCCCUGACCAGGUCACCGAUCAGAUCUGCAAGCUCGCCAGGAAGGGUGCUACUCCCAGUCAGAUUGGUGUCGUCCUUCGUGACAGCCACGGAAUUGCCCAAGUCAGAAAUGUUACUGGUAACAAGAUCCUCCGUAUCUUGAAGUCUAGCGGCCUCGCCCCUGAGAUCCCUGAGGAUCUUUACUUCCUCAUCAAGAAGGCUGUCUCCGUCCGCAAGCACCUUGAGCGCAACCGCAAGGACAAGGAUGGCAAGUUCCGUCUCAUUCUGAUCGAAUCUCGUAUCCACCGUCUGUCCCGCUACUACAAGACCGUUGGUGUCCUUCCUCCUACCUGGAGAUACGAGAGCGCCACCGCCAGCACCCUGGUUGCCUAA